CCUCAGCGUCAACCCCUGACCCACCACCGCCACCGCCACCAUAUAACCCAUCUCAUCCUUCGCUUGUAAACCAAUAUCCCAAAAUCAACACCCGCCAUUGAGCUCCCCACCCCGGCGGGCGAGGUUCCUCCGGACCUCCUCGGGGGAGCUGCUGUUUCCAUGUCUAAUUUUAUUAACCCGCCACCACUUCCACCACAGCGAGCAAAUAAACUAGAAUCAGAGUCACCACAACAACCGCCGAUGAUGCUGCCUUUAUCCCAGCUUUACAAGCAGCGAUCGUGGUCGCCGGAUAUUAACCGUGACGAGGCAUGGCUUAGAAGGAAAGGAAACAUUGAGAAGAGGAGAAGCAAGAGCGUGACGGAUGAAGACCUUGAUGAACUCAAGGCUUGUAUUGAGUUGGGGUUUGGGUUUGAGUUCGAUUCUACCGAGUUGGAUCAGCGUUUGUCUAGUACUUUCCCGGCUUUGGGUCUUUACUACGCCGUCAACAAGAACUAUAACGACGUCGUUUCCAAGUCUGUGUCGUCUCCUUCAGCUGCUUCCGAUUGUGAUAGCAUCCCUUCCCCUGUUGGCAGUCCCCAUGCCAUCUUUGACCCUGCUGAUCCACCGCAGACGGUGAAGACAAGGCUGAAGCAAUGGGCACAAGUGGUUGCUUGUUCGGUGAGGCAAAGCUCACGGUGAUGAUGAUGGUCUUCAAAUUAAAAGGAUAACCCAUAUUUGCUAUCAAUGUAAACAAAAAUUCCAGAACUUUGAUUCAUUAGAAAUUGAGGAAAAGCAGUUGAAAAUCGCUAUGUUGUAUUGAAAAAAAAGGAGCUACUAAUGGAUUUGACUGUUCUUGCUUUAA